AUGUCUAGUGUGCAUCCUACGGUCAAAGACGCGGUCGCCAACUUUCAACCCCCUGCUGGAUUUGUGGCCCUCCCGCCAAGACGUAGCGAGACAUCGCUAAUCUUCUCCUAUGGGGUUCGAAUUGCGGAGGCCCCAGCGCCACCUGCAACUUUCGUGGACGCAGGAGUUCCCGCCGUCUGGAUGUGUCUCGCCUCCGAGGCCUGUCGAUCGAGAGCGGAUGUGUUUUACCCUUUAUUAACAGGGAAAAGAUCCAAGGCGACGAAACAUCUGUGUGAAGCCCAUGCAAUAGUGUCUGACAAGACAGCGUGCGAGUUGGAAAAGAAGCGCGGGCGUGACGAGGAAUUGGAUCGGCUUCGGCACUCUCAGAUGUUCAGCGAUGACCCAGCACGCGUUUACGUUCUCCUUAUAACGCUUCGGAUCAUCAACAACAACCUGCCAUACCGUUUGGCGGAGUACGAAGAGUCCAUCUCGACCCGAGAGCUUGUAAUGAAGGACGGAAUGCAUGCUGCCGUCAACGCAAAAGUUGUCGUCCACGCCACGAUCGAGCUAUACGCUUCGUCCAAAAGUACUAUUUGUUGUGAAAUCCAUGACAACCGAGUCGGACACGCAGCGACAUUCACGGUCGUCCCCGACUUUUGGACUCCAAAAGGCAAGGGUGCUAAGUUUUUGGGGCUCCGGUUGUAUUUCAUCAACAAGCAGUACGAGUUCAAGUCUAUCCUGCACGGCACCCGUCACUUCAACCCGAAGUACAGCGAGAGGUCUGGUGGAAUUCGUCCGCCAUGUCGGCGGUGGCUUAAUGAUAUUUUGAUCGAUUUUGGUUUAACUCGGGCGGACCUGUUUGGAGCUACAAGUGAUGCGGGUCCUGACGUGAAGUGGGUGAUGACCAAAGGGUUGCAGCUCAACUGGGAGUGGUGUAUCCCGCACAUGUCGAGUGCUGCCACAAAGAAAGCUUGUGACUGUCUCAUGAGCAUGGGCGACAAGGCGCCGCAGCAACUGCUAGAAUAUCGCCCGCACCGGUUCCUGGGGCUUACCCGUGUGGUUCGCCGCAUUUUAAUCCUGUGGGCACCUCUCGUGGGUUGGUACGAGGAGCGUCUUGCGGCUCAAAGCGAAUCUGCAACCCAGGUUGAAGUACCUUUGACGCUGCUCAACCUGCGGCGCUCCACACUCAACUGCGACAAGGUUCUCCGCGACUAUCGAUCUACGAAGGAGAGGAAAAUGUACAUUCGACUUGAUCAACUUACUGAACUGGCACGGGAGACGCGGUUGAAGCUUCAAGAAGAAUUCCAGCGUGUGUUCUUCUCCCGGUAUACGGAUCGAGCGAAAAUUGUCCAAUGCUCAUUUUUGUUUGAGAUGCAGCUACUGCUGCACACGAACUUCAAGAACCUGGACAGCAUUCUCAAGGACGUUGUCCUCCUGUGCACUCCAAAAGGUCGUCACACAAGGGAGCAGGAGACAAAUACCCCCGCUUUUCCCAACGUUGUCUUCUCCGAAGAUCUAAUGGAGCUCAUUGACGACUCAGCCGUCUGGCAGCAGGUGGAUCGCGAGGAGCAGCAAACUGUUCAUGACAGCAGCGUGGAGCAAGAGCUACGACUGUGGAUGGCGACGCCAACUUCGCUUCGACUGGCAGCUAAUGGAAAAGCUGACACCGCAUAUAUCCCUGCCAAUAUGCUGCUUCCCGUGACGGUCGAAGAGAAUACGGAAGCCGACGAUGCCUUGGAGGAGUAUUUUUCCAGUGACAGCGAGGACGACGACGAAAAAAACAUUGUUUAG